AUGAAGGUCUUUGUUUGCUUAUUUGCCUCAAUGGCUGUUGCUUCAGCCGGCUUCCUUGGUGGUAGCAGUGGUGGCGGUGGUGGACAUGGCGGCGGCGGUGGCGGUGGUGGCUACAGCUACGGUGGCGGCCAUGGCGGUGGUGGUGGCGGCGGAUACAGUGGCGGCCAUGGUGGCGGUCAUGGAGGCGGCAGCUCCAUCUCAUUAGCUCCUGUCAAAGUUAUCAAAGUUAUCAGUGACGGAGGCUCCAUCGGCGGAGGUGGUGGUGGCGGUCAUGGUGGAUGGUCCAGCGGCGGUGGUGGCGGCGGAUAUGACAGCGGCAUUUCUCUAGGCGGCGGUGGUGGUGGCCAUGGAGGGUGGGCCAGCAGCGGUGGAUACGACAGUGGUUCGUCCUUUGGCGGUGGUCAUGGCGGCGGUAUCGGAGGUGGAAUCGGAGGUGGUGAAGUCAAGAUUAUCAAAGUCAUCUCGGAAUCAUCAGGAUCUUCGCUAGGAGGAGGCCAUGGCGGUGGCGGUGGAUGGUCAUCAGGUGGCUCCUCUGGAGGAUAUGGCGGUGGUUAUGAAAGCAUCAGUCACGGUGGAAGCUUUGGCGGCGGUUAUGAGGGAGGUCAUGGAGGUGGUGGUUACGGCGGCGGCGGUGCUCAAGAAGUUAAAAUCGUCAAGAUCAUCAGUUCUGAUUCCGGCAUUGGAGGAGGACAUGGUGGAAGUAUCGGCGGAGGAAGUAUUGGAGGAGGACAUGGUGGAUGGUCGUCCGGAGGCAGCAUUGGUGGUGGCGGCGGUGGUUGGUCUUCAGGAGGCAGUAUUGGCGGAGGUGGUUGGUCAUCCGGCGGAUCAUCCGGUGGAUGGGAUUAA